AUGAACGCCAAGACCGCCAUAGACCGAAUUAUUGGCAAGGGGGGGCUGAAGCUGGGCAGCUCCAGAGCUGACGGAGGGCUCGAGAAGGGGAAGCGGGAGGGCGCUGCCCCGCGGAGGUCCAUGGAGGAGGUGGCCACGGGCAAAGGCAGAACGACGGAGCCGGAGAGGAGCGAGCUCCUGCAGAAAAUACUUUUGCUUGAGAAAGAAAAAGAAAAAUACAACCAUCUGCUUGGAGAAAAGGACAGAGAAAUCCAAAACCUGAAAGACAAGCUUAUGUCCAAAACCAAGACCAGUGAAGUGUCCUUCCUACAAAAUCAACUAGAGGAAAAAACAAAGGAAGCAGAAAGAAGAGAACAGUUACUUUGUUCUCUAUCAGAAGAAAUUAAUAGGUUAAAAUGUAAUUUAUCUGCAGUCAUGGCAAAAUGCUCCAAUCUUGAGAACGAAGCCAGUGGUACUUUUCAGGACUUCCAAGACAGCAUUGUUCUUUGUCCGCAGGAAGCGACAAACAGCACAGAAAUUGAAAGACAAUUGAAAGAUGCUCUUGAGAAAAAUCAGCAGUGGCUCCUGUAUGACCAGCAACGGGAAGCAUAUGUCAGGGGACUGCUUGGAAGGAUCUUUGAACUUGAACAGAAGGCAGAAAUCGUUAGCCAGCAGGAAUCUAAAUCAAAUUCAGAAGGUCACCCACAAGAGGAAAAGCAAGAAUGCUGUGACCAGCUGUUUCUGACUGCUAAGAGAGAUCCUGAGACUGAAAGACGCACCAUAACCCAGCUGAGAUCUGAGCUCAAUGAACUUAAAAAGACAUAUCAAGAAACACAAGGGGAAAUGAUGAGUUUAAAUGCCUUACUGCAGUCACAACGGCUUGCUGAAAUGAAGACUCAAGAAAAUGAAAAUACAAUGAAAGAGAAAGCACAAAGACUAGAACAGGAAAAUGAAACUAUCAAAGAACAGCUCAGGGAAGAAAAAGAAAAGUCUGAAGAUCUUUUAUGUCAGGUGCAGCUUCUUCGUAAAUCAUUGCUCAGACAGGAGGCAGAACACACAAGAAUAGCUUUGUUGGAACAACAGAUCCAGAUAUGUACCACAGACUUAGAGAACGGGAAGCUUGAUCGCCACAACCUGAAGCUUGAGUUAAACCAUGUUCUCAAGGAGCUGCGCAAGGCCAAGGAGAAAAUAACCCGUCUGGAACCCCUGAAACUCCGGGAAUCUGGACAUAUGGAAUCACAAGAAGACUUGCAAGCUGUAUUUGACAAGAAGCUGACCACAUAUGACAGAAGUCCUCCCCUGAAACAUUCCAGCUGCCUUGAUGAAAGUUUUCUUGAGUGUCCCAGAUGUAAAGUGCUAUAUCCAACAAGCCAGCAUAGAGAAUUACUGGCACACAUUGACUUCUGUACAGCUUGAGCUCCAAAUGGACUAACUAUCUUUGCUUCAUAUAUGCUGCCAAUAUGCCUGGCAAAAGAUCUUUUAAAGCUUUUUUCUUGAAGUUGUAUAAACAACUGCUGAUUUUAUAAUUCAGUUCCACAAAAACAGUAUUAACAUUAUAAUUUGGCCUCAGUAUUUUACCUCAUGUUUUUGCAAAACAGCUACUGCAUUUUCUAGUUGCAAACAGAAAUAUUUUUA